AUGUCUCAUCCUACCCCGCUCACCUCGCUUCAGGAACAAAUGACACAAAUGAUGGAAAUGAUAAGAUCCAUGCCAGCUCAGCAAUCCACUCAGUCAGCCACUCAGCCAGCUACUCAGCAAGUCACUCAGCCACCUCACCAAUCCACUCAGUCAGCCACUCAGCUAGCCACUCAGUCUGAUACUCUACAAGAGGAGGAGCAAGAGGAGGAACUACAACAGGCAAAUGCGGAGAACACUGCGGAGAAACCAAGCGGCAACAAGGCCACCAUCGUCAAGAACACGGCUCACGUCUCCACAAUCCCACGUCAAGUCAUCACUCAGCAAAUGGAGAAUACCACUACAAUCUGGCCUGCUAUCUCUGCAUGCCUGGGCAAUAUCACAUUGUGGUACAUCACUGCAAUGAGCACACAAGAGAAGGAUCUACUGCGUCGAUCACAGCCAAUUGGACCUCUGCAGGCAAGGGUCACCUAUCGGACGAUGCAUAUUUGGACGAAUUGA